UAAACAUUGGCAUAAUUUUUUGCAAGACGCCAGAAUAUUUCAUCUCGAAAUUUGCAUCGAAAAAGGGCAUUUUUGAAACGAUUUAUCGAUGGCAGAGGACAAACCUUGCAUUGUCGUUAAUGUAACUUCUGAUACCAUAUGACCUUGGUGUUGGGUGGGGAAACGUCACCUUGAAGAAGCCAUGGAGGGUUUCUCUGGAGAUGUUUCCUUUGAAGUGAAUUGGCUGCCGUUCUUUCUUAAUUCUUCUACACCUGACGAAGGAGUUCCAGUUCUCGAAUAUCUUGGCAGGAAGUAUGGGCCACAAGCGGCUGAAAGUGCACGAAGUGGAAAAGGGCCUUUAUCUCAAAUGGCUGAGAAAAUGGGUUUAAAAUUCAACUAUGAUCGUAUGAUUGUCAACACCCUCAAAUCUCAUUGCCUCUUGGAUUAUGCCAAAUCGGUCUCAAAGCAAAAUGAACUGGCUGAGAUCCUGUUCAACGAUUACUUUCGUCAUGCCAAGAGAAUUGACCACUCAGACGUAUUGCAAGAAGCUGCCGAGGCCUGUGGUAUUGACUGGUCAGCAGCUGAUACCCACAUGAAGAAUGCCGAUGUGAUGUCACGUGUCAAAAGAGAGGCUGCGACCGCAAGCGCUAGUGGCAUCAACGGAGUCCCCCAUUUUAGUAUAUUCUUGAAGUCCAAUCAGGCUCGCACCCAGCAAUUCUCAGGCGCCCAACCUGCAGCUACAAUUUUGAGUGUUUUUCAAAAAGUCCUCAGUUUUGCUAAAUCUCGAGUUUAAUGCCUUUUGAUAAUCUUCCAUAUCAUAAAACGUAAUAAUCUAUGCAUAAAACUUAGUAUAUAAAACACCAAAUUAACUGCCAUCACUAAUGAUAACUUGACUGAAAACU